GAAUAAAAGAAAGUUUUCUCGGAGAAAAUUUUCUGCUUGACGCGCAGCGUUCUUUUUACUCUGUAUUUUUUUAUUUUGUUUUGCAUCCAGCAUCAAUCAAAAAUUGGAUAAUUACAAAAUAACUAAUAACAAAAAUAGAUGAUCGUUGUUGUAUUGGAACACACACAUACACACACAUACAGAGUGAGAGAGAGAGAGAGAGAGAGAGAGAGAGAGAGAGAGAGAGAGAGAGAGAGAGUAUAAGCCUAUUAUGACGAUGAUGGUACGUUCUAGCCCCGCCGACAUUAAUAUCGAUCUCUACUUGGACGAAGGCAAUGGGAUCGAGAGUCGGCCAAAACGUAUUGCCGUUGAAAGGCUUUCCUAGGAAAGGAAAUAAAUGACGAUACGUAGAAAGGAGGAGAAGGUGGAUGAGGAAAAGAAGGAGUAGAAGUAGAAGAAAGAUGAAAAGUAAGGUUAGCGUUGAGAAAAAGAGUCGGCGAUAAGAGGAAUAUAUAUUUCGUGGCGAAAUAAAAGUGCGAUCUCUUCGUCAUCGUCGUCAUCAUCAUCAUCAUCGUUGUCGUCGUCGUUUGUGUAUCCUUUUCCACCAGUAAAAAGAGAGAAAGAGAGAGAGAGGUAGAUAGACAGAUAGGAAAAGGGGGCGUGCUGCAAGGGAGUGUAGAGCGAUAUGUAGGGAGAGAGUCGGCUCGUCGAUGCCGGAGAGCGAGCGACGCAAGAGUGGGGGACCGAAGACGGCCGAAAAUAUCCGAAGUUGGAACGAACGAGCCAGCGAGCGAACCAGCGAUCGGCACUGCGCGUUGCCUGCUGUGGCGCGUUCCCGUUUUUCGAAACGAACGAGCUGCUUCGAGUUCGACCUCUGUCCGUAUCUCUGUCCCUUUCUAUCUUACUCGUUAUCCGCGUCCUCGUCGCUCGCUUCGAAAUACGGCCAUAGAUCGGAGGCCGAGUAAGCGAACGAACGAGCGAACGAGCGAGCGAGUGGUAUGCGAGUCGUCCUUCCUGUAGAUAUAUAUGUUGUGUGUAUAGUACAUACAAAGAGAAUUAACUAUAUAUCAUGUACAUAAGAGCCAGCUGUUAACGUUCUCGUUAAGAAAUAGAGGGGGAGAGAAAAAGAGAUAGAGAGGGAAAGAGAGACAGAGAAAGAAAAAGAAAUACGGUGGAAGCCGUUGAUAGCAAAAAACAAUGUUGCGUAGAUUACAGAAUGUCCUGGUGCGGCGACGGCUACAACGAACCGACGGAACGAUCUCUCUAGAGCCGUGAGAGUUAAAUAGGACGAAGAGAAGGCUCCACACCGCACUGCUCCGCACCACCCCCGUAGAAGAGCGAACGCGGCUAUAGUAGUCCCCCGCGGCGGCCGAUCGAAGUACACCGCUCGGUUUCUCUCGAGCGUGCGUACGCAGUAUGAGCGAGAGGGAGAAAAAGAGCAAGCGAGAGGGAGAUAAAAAAGAGGAGAGUCGGAGCUAGAGAGUAGAGUAGAGGGGGAAACGAAGAGAGGAUCGUCGGAGUGGGGAUCAGGGCGACACGUUACUUCGCGCGUACAUCCGGCCCGGGAUUCGCACGCGCUCUUCGUACAUACAUAGCCUCUCUAUCUUUCUCUCUCUCUCUCUCUUUCUCUUUGAUUCACGAGGGAGUUGAAGCAAAAUGUAUAAUAAUAUCAGUAUUCGCGCGUUCAAAUAUGAUAAAUAUUGAAUAAAUUCGUGAGAUAUAUAUAUAUAUACAUAAAAAGGAGAAAGGAGAUUAUAAUAGAUUUUAUAAAAGAGAAUGCGUUCUCUAAUCCGGCCACUGAGGUCGCUCAACGUCAAGGCUCGCGCUGGCGCGUUCAUAGAAGUGUCGAGAAAGGCGAAGUAUCGGCUUGGUAUUGUCAUCGUCGCUCUGCCAGAGCGUAAUCUCUCGGGAUAGAUGUUACAUGUACGUUAGUAGGUAGUCUACUAGUGGUGUAAUGGUAGUGGUGGUGGUUUGGUAGUAAAGAAAAUUUUCGGUUGAAAUAACAGAGAGAGAAAGAAAGAGAGAGAAAGAGAGAGAGAGAGAGAGUGGGGUAGCGUGGAAGGAGUGGUGGAAGAACGCGACGACAGCUGGAGCGAGCAAGAGAGAGAGAGGUAUUGAGGUUGGCAGAGUGGGGAAAAGAAAGAGGGAGGAUAUUGGAAUCGGUCUAAGGGGCAGGAGGGGCGGGGAAGGGGGCAGAAACACGCCGAGCGGUGCUGCUCCCUAUUGGCGACGUCGAGUCGCGACUCCCCACCCGGGACAGUCGAACGAGGUCCGAAGGCGAGCUCUUGGUGUGUAACCACGGUGAUUUUCCCUGACUAGGGUACGCGCAAGACUUCGUUCCGCUACCCUGCUGCGCGUUCCUCUUUCUAACGUGUGCGUGCAUUCUCCUCGUGUCGGUUUAGUUUAACUCAUCGUCUUUAGUCGUCUCUUAGUCCUUAGUCGUCUCUCGUCGACUUAGUCGUCUGGCUUGUGACUUCUUUACGACGAGUCGAAUCGAGUCGAAUCUAGUUGAUCGAGUCGAGUCGAGUCAAGUAUAAGUCGAAUACGAAGAACAACGAGAGAGAGAGAGAGAGAGAGAGAAAAGAGUAUUAUCAUCAUUAAAUAAUAAUAUCGUAUUAAUACCGUAUUAUUUCGUUUUGUGUUGGUCGCUUGGUGUAAAGGAGGCAUUUCGGAGGGUUAAACCCGAUCGAAAAGCUGGGUAAAAAGAAAGAGAAAGAGAGACAGAUAUAUACACACACAUCACGCUCGCACGCACGUACUUAUAGUAAAAAAGGAAAGAAAGAGAAAGAGAGAAGGAAAGAAAGAAAAAAGAAAAGGGAGAACGACAAAAGCGGAUAGUCUAUACUACGGGUAGUCCGUUAGACGGAAAAGGAAAAUAGAUAAAGGAAAAAUAUAUAAGUGAAGAAAAGAGUGCUGCGAGAGAGAAAGAAAGAGUAAAUAAAAGAAGAAUAUAUAAAGCGAGGAAGCGAGGUGAAGUUCGGCCGACGUGCGUCGUCGUCGUCGUCGUCGUCGUCGUCGCCGUCGCUGCCGUCGUCGUCGUCGUCGUCGUCGUCGUCGUCAUCUUCGUCGUCGUCGUCGUCGUCGUUGGUGGUAGUCAUAGUCGCGUUGUCGUGGUGGUGUCUCGUCGUCAACGUCCUCUCUUCCUCGUCGAUAGUGUGUGCGCGCGCGCGUCUUUCCGAACGCGUCCCACGCGUGUGUCGCGUAUCACCGCCGCCGGUGAAACCGAGAGAAUUCGAACGAGGCAGAGGGUAAAAUAGGAUUUCUCGCGUGGUCCUCUCCCGCGGCGGGAGAAGGGGUGGUGUGCACGGAGGUGCGAGUGAGAAAGAGAGAAAGAGAGAGAGAGAUAUAGAAACAGUGAGACAGAGACGGAUAGAUAGAGACAACGACGAGGAACGUGUGAGAGAGAGAGAAAGAAGGAGAAAGACGGAAGACACGGUGCUGGAGUUGGAGACGUACAAGCAGGAGGAGAGAGAUAGAUCGAGUACGACGAGAACGAGUGUAAGCGAGAGGGACGACGUACCGUGCGCGACAAACGCCGACGUGUUCCCUUUGAGAGAAGGAAAGAGAGAGAGAGAUAGUAGAGGAGGCAAAGAUAAGGACGAAGAGAGAGAGAGGGGAGAACGAACGAGCUAGAGGGAGAAAGAUAAAGAGAGAGAAAGAGAGUUCGCAAAGAGACGAAGCGACGGAGACGGGUGCGCUACUCGGAGGCGCUGUCGCUGCGCCCUAACGGCCAUUCCACGAAGCUCAGUUAUCACAAUGGCUUCCGUGAAAGACACAGCAACUUUCUUUGCGGAGGGCACGGCAAAUCAGUUCGAGCACGUAUUGAAACUGUAUCCGCAGGCGCUUAGACUUAAGGCAGAUCGUAAGACGAAAAGACCUGAGGAACUGAUCAAAUUGGAUAACUGGUACCAAAAUGAACUUCCGAAGAAGAUCAAGUCACGUGGUAAGGACGCUCAUCUCAAUCACGAGGAAUUGGUUCAAGCGAUGAAAUGGAAACAAACACGCGGAAAGUAUUAUCCACAGCUUUCCUACCUGAUCAAAGUGAACACGCCACGCGCCGUAAUGGCGGAGACAAAGAAGGCAUUUAAAAAACUUCCGAAUUUGGAACAGGCGAUUACCGCCUUGUCGAAUUUGAAAGGUGUCGGUACUACGAUGGCAUCAGCGUUACUUGCUGCAGCAUCACCGGAAAAUGCGCCCUUCAUGGCGGACGAGUGUCUUAUGGCAAUACCUGAGAUCGAGGGUAUAGACUAUACCACUAAGGAAUACCUCAACUUUGUCCAGCACAUUCAGAACACCGUUGAGAGGUUGAACAAACAAACAUCAAAUGGUAAAUCAUGGAGCCCUCACAGGGUGGAGCUGGCACUUUGGACCCAUUACGUUGCGUCCGAAUUAAAACCAGAGUUGUUGGACGGUAUACCGGGUUCCACGGAAAACGGUAAUUCGCAUCCGUCUAGCAACGGCGAAGCGACGGAACCAUCGGACGACAGCAAUCAAGAGGGUGCCGUGGUAGUAGUAGCGAACGGCAAAGAGCCAGGCAGCAUCGACCCAGCGGCCAUUGACGAAAACAGCACGACCACGUCCUUCACUGAGGAUUCUAUGGAUAAACCUGCCACUCCCAUAACCGUAGCUGUUCCGAGCGAGGAUACGAACGAUUCUCUCGCUACGAAUGAAAACGAUGAUAGUAACAAUACGCCACGGUUAACGGACAGCGAGGAUACCGAGGACUCGCAAGACGUUCAGGAGCCGCCCACUAAGAAGAGCAAGAAGUGACCCACCAGCAUAGAUCAACGCGUUACGAUGAUGAUGAUGACAACGACGAGCAGUAGCAGCAGCAGCAGCAACAGCAGCGGCAGCGGCAGCAACAGCAGCGGCAGCAACAGCUGUGGCAACAAAGGCAGUGCCAACAGCAGCAGCAGCGGCAGCAGUAGCAGCGGCAGCAGCGGCAACAGCAACAGUAAUAACAACAACAACAACAGCAGCAGCAGCAGCAGUAGCAGCAGCAACAACGUCAGUGCUCUCGGUUCUAAUUUAACGCUGAUUGCGGCGAGGCGUUUUUAAAUAAAAAAGAAAAAAAUAAAUAAAGGGGAAAAAAACAAGAAAGAAAAGAAAAGAAAAAGGAAAAAAAAGAAAAAAUCGCCACGGCCAUAGAUCAGGGUCAUAAAAGAAAACCCAUCGGCACAUAUAAAAUAAAAAUAAAAAUAAAAAAAAAAGAAAAGAAA